AUGGCGACGUCGUUGCGGGCACCAGAACUGUUUAAUUUCUCAUCGAGUGAUCUGGCCUCUGAGUGGAAAAUGUGGCGCCGACAGUUUGAGUACUUUAGUUUAGCCACACGUAAGGAUGAGACGGAUGAAGAGGUGAUAGUGGGAGUGCUGAUCACACUACUCGGGGUUGAAGGCCUCAAAAUAUUCGAUACGUUUGUGUUUACAUCAGCUGGUGAUGCUAAGAAAAUUAAGCCGGUGCUGGACAAGUUUGGUGAUCACUUUGAACCGCUGAAAAGCGAAGUCUUCGAACGGUUCAAAUUCCUCCGUCGACACCAACUUCCAGGGGAGUCGUUUGACUCUUGGAUCGUUUGUCUCCGUGGAAUGGCGAAGGGCUGUAAUUAUGGUGCGUCGGUGGAGUCGGUGCUGCGUGAUCAAGUAGUACUGGGAGUGGCUGACUCACAAACACGAGAAAAACUUCUGUUUGAGAAAACGCUGACCUUGGCCAAGGCGUGUGACAUAGUGAGGUCGUGUGAGGCCUCACGCGCUCAGCUGUCGCAGAUGUCUACUGACUUACCUACUCGUCGGCUGGAUGAUUCCGUAAACAGGCUAACGGAAAAGAGCCACAAAAAAGGAUCGGGUGGUGCUGGAGCACACCACAGAGGUCCAAGCCCACAAGGUGGUACCGGACAGUCGUUCGUUGAAUGCUCAGCCAACGCACUUUCAACCGGUUUCAAGGAUCAACCAGCACGCCGUGGCACACACAUGCAACUCAACUCUGUGGAAAGUGAGGUUGGUGACGGGUAUUCUGCACCUGGAGACAGCGAGUGGAGCAAAAAUCUUACGGUGGAUGACGUGAAAGUUACGGCGAAGCUGGAUUCAGGAGCCUCAUACAAUGUAAUGCCGCAGGAGGUGGUUAUCAACGGUGCCGUUCACGUGGUUGACUUUGUUGUGGUUGACGAACCCGGUCAACCCACUAUUUUGGGGCUUCCGUCUUGUAAAAAACUGGAUUUGAUUAGGCGGGUUCAUGCCGUCACUGCAGAGCCGGAUCCAUCGGUGCCACCAAUCGUAAAGGAGUUCGUGGACGUCUUUACUGGACUGGGUAAAUUGCCGGUGGAACACACCAUUAAGUUCGGUACAGGUACUAACUAUGUCGAUCCUGUAGUAUCUGCGGCAGGCAGACUUCCGUUUCGGCUGGAGGAGCCGGUAUACCGCAAGCUGGAUCAGAUGGUGGCUGAAGAGAUCCUUGUUCCGGUUACAGAGCCAACUGAAUGGGUCAGCCGAAUGUUGGUGGCCAGCAAACCAGAUGGGGAUAUUCGGAUCUGCUUCGAUCGGUCCGAACUCAAUAAGGCAAUACAGCGGCAGCAUUUUACAGUACCCACCGUGGAACAGCUGUUUGCCAAAAUUGGUAAGGCUAAAUUCUUCUGCAGUUUGGAUGCGGCGUCAGGGUUUUACCAAAUCCCUUUGUCAACAGCGUCGUCGUUCCUCUGUACUAUGGCGAUACCUCGCGGUCGCUAUCGCUUCUUACGCCUGCCGUUUGGGUUAAAAUCAGCCCCGGAGGUCUACUUACAAACCAUGGAUGAGCUGUUUGGUGAUCUUCAGGGAGUGAUUAUAUACUUUGAUGUUUUCCUAGGGACGAGAGAAACCAAGGAGGAGCUGGACGACAAUCUGCGCAAAGUUCUGGAAUGGUGUAGACAGCAUGGCCUGAAACUUCAAUUGAAGUAG